AUGCACAUCCCGCACUUCCCAGAGAUGGCGCUCUUCCAAACAGACAUCGAGAUCCCAGGAAACCAAAACCAGCAGGGGAAAGUGAUCGUCACAUACAACCCACCCUCACUGACAGACACAAACCCAAACACAGCGAUCGGAGUCGAAGGUGCGGGCGACAUUCCACCGCUCCAGAAACCCAAGCGCCUCGAGAUCCCUCUGCAGCCAGACACAAAGCAUCUGAAGCGAUUCACGGUCACAAUGCACCAGAGCCCGACAAAAGGCUACGACAUGGGCGCCGCAUACAAUGACUGGUUCAGUGCGUGCUUCGGAUACCGCGUCGUCCUCGCAUACCUGGGGACUAACACGCGCAGCGUCCUCGGCACGCUGGCCCCAUCCAAGCGCAACAAUGAAUCGUGGUGGAGCAUCUGGCAGCAAGAACUGACUCUCCCGGGCAAGAGCAACAAGCUGCUCGACCGGUGGCUCGUGCCGCUGUCUCUGGCCUACCUGGUCCUCAAUGCGGUCAGCUGGUGCCACGCCCAGAUACAGGCCGGCACAUCAGCCGUACAAGCGAUUGCGCUGACGGGUGCGGUUCUCGCGGCGCUGUGGAGUGCGGUGAACUUGUUCGUGACACGCCGGCACGAAGCGCGGAUCGGGUUCGCGGAUUGCGCGCCGUUCCUGGUUAUCUCGCAGACGUCUGUGGAGAAUGUGUCGGCGCGGCUGACUGGGGGUGAAGAGAUGGAUGGGACGAAGUUUCGACCCAAUAUAGUGGUUUCGGGUGUGGAGAGCGCGUUUGAGGAGGACUUUUGGGCGGAGUUAGGGGUGGGAACGGGGGGAAACGUGCGGCUUUUGUUGACGGGGAAUUGUGUGCGGUGUCAGAGCUUGAAUGUGGAUUUUCAAACGGGGAAGAUGGGGGUUGGUGAGAGUGGGACUGUGUUGAAGAAGUUGAUGAAGGACCGGAGGGUGGAUAAGGGCGCUAGGUUUAGUCCUGUGUUUGGACGGUAUUCGUUUCUUGGACGGGGUUCGGUGGGCCAGAGGAUGAGGGUUGGUGACGAGGUGCAGGUUUUGAGGAGGGCGAGCGAGUAUACGGUUACCGGUGAGGUUGAUCUGAGAUCUCUUCUUGUGCUGGGGUUGAGUUGA